CAUUUUUCUGCGCCGUUAGAGGCCUGCAAUGUCCAGUAUCAGUGAAUUGCGGAGAAUCUCGAUCGGGUCAACCCACAUGGUCUUCGGCUUUUCUGCUUGGAAAAAACACUUUUCCUCGCCUUCUCGCCUGUCUAUAAAACUCUUUCCUUCCCAAACAUCGAUUCAUCCAAACAAGACCUCUCUCUCUAUAUCUCUCUCUCUCCCGCAAGCAAUGGACUCCUCGGCGGAACCUAACACCUCGCAGGAACACCAAAACGUCGUCGUAAUGCGUCACGGGGACCGCAUGGACAACUUCGAGCCACUGUGGGUGGCGACGGCGAAGAGGCCCUGGGACCCACCGCUGUUUGAGGCGGGCCGGGUCCGGGCCUUCUGCAAGGGCCGGAGGAUCCGGACCCAACUCGGCUUCCCAAUCCACCGUGUCUUCGUCUCCCCCUUUCUCCGCUGCGUUCAAACCGCCUUCCAAGCCAUCUCCGCUCUCUGCGCCGUCGAUGACUCUCCCAACGCCCUCACCGCCGAUGAAGUCUCCAUCGAUCCCUCCAAAGUCAAGGCCUCAAUCGAGUAUGGGUUAUGUGAGAUGCUAAACAAUGAAGCAAUCAGACCUGGUUUAGAGCCUAAAGAUGGAGAUUUUGGCUUCAAUAUCUCAGAGCUUGAAGCAAUGCUUCCAGCUGGGACAGUAGACAGCACUGUGGAACGAGUGUAUAAAGAGUUGCCGAAGUGGGGAGAGACAGUGAUGGGUGCAAGGGAUAGAUAUGUUCAUACUGUUCAGGCACUGGCAGAUAAAUACCCUACAGAAAACUUGCUGCUUGUCACACAUGGGGAAGGAGUUGGGGUGGCAGUAUCUGCAUUCAAGAAGGAUGUCACAGUUUAUGAAGUAGAUUAUUGUGCAUAUACUGAAUUAAGAAGGCCCAUCGUCCACAAAGACCAGUCAUUUACUGCUGGAAGUUUUGAGGUUCUUACACGCAAUGGCCAGAAUGGAGUCAGUUUUUUUCCAUCACCUGCUGCGGUAGACGGCGUCAAUGGAAUGGCGUAGUGAACCUGCACAACACCCUUUCUUCUUGUGUGGUUGCCUGCAUUUUACAUUGGAUUCCUCUGAUUUGAAUUCUUUUAGUCUUGAGGUUCAUUGGAUGUGCAAGAUAAUCAGACAAAAGCGUUGUUCUUUAUUGAAGUGAAUUUUUUUUCGCUUUGACUGAGUAAUGCGAGAAGAGAAGAAAUGAAGGAACCUUCCUUUCUUCAGAGUAAGACCUAUUGUCAUUUUCAUAGAAGUGAAUAAAUGUACCCCUUUUUUCCCCUGUUUUAGCAAAGAAGGAUGUAUUUCGAAAAUAAUGAAUUUUCCCUCUAAUGAAUGAAGUUUAUACCAGUGCUCACUA